GUGACUGCGAUCCCAUGACGAGAAUCGUCAUAAAGGUCAUGGGCAGUGAUCCAACCUCUCCCUUUUCCUCUCUCUUCUCUCUCUAUAACCAUAACAUGAAAGAUGGAAAACAGGAGACUUCUCCUUGUAACCACUUGAAGGAUGCAGCUGCAAGGAUGACGCAGAAAGGAGAAUAGAUCUCUCUCUCUCUCUCUCUCGCUUACAAUCUGAACAAGAUGAAGCAUGAUUCUUCAUUGUUCCGCUUCUCAUCUCUCCUUCUUCUUCUUCUUCUUCUUUUUGUUACAACUCUUUCUUCCCCCGCGACCGCCAUUGCCACCAACAACUACGAAGCUCAAGUCCUCCUGUCAUGGCUGCAAACCGUGAAGUCCCCACCACCUGGCUUCUCCUCCUGGUCCUUCAGUAACCACAACCCUUGCUUCUGGUCCUAUGUUGCUUGCUCCCCUGAGUCCCACGUCACCGAGAUCGUCAUCCCACCUCUCCCACUUUCCACCGCCUUUCCCACUCAGUUCACCGCGCUCUCAUUCCUCACCAAACUCGUCAUCUCCGGCGCCAAUCUCACGGGGGAAAUUUCCCCGAAGAUCGGCAACCUCACCUCCCUCGCCGUUCUCGACCUAAGCUCCAACUCUCUGGGUGGAGAAAUCCCUACGGAGCUCGGAAAACUCAGCAACCUCGAGGUCCUCUCCCUCAAUUCAAACCACCUUGUCGGCCCGAUUCCGCGGGAGCUCUUAAAUUGCUCGCGCCUCAGAAUCCUUAAUGUGGUAGACAACCACCUCGCCGGCCGGAUUCCGUCUGGCUUCGGUGGGCUUUCCAGGCUCGAAGUACUUCGGAUAGGCGGCAACCCAGGGAUUGAGGGCGAGAUUCCAGAUGAUAUAUCCAACUGCCAGAACUUGGUCUUUCUCGGCCUUGCUGCCACCAAUAUCUCUGGUCCUAUGCCGGCCAGUCUUGGGAAGCUUGGCAGGUUGCAGACGCUUGCCAUCUACACCACCAUGCUUUCUGGUCAAAUUCCGCCAGAAAUCGGCAAUUGCUCGGAAUUGGUUAACGUGUUCCUAUACCAAAACCACUUGUCCGGCCGGAUUCCGGCUGAACUAGGUCGUUGCCGGAAGCUAGAGCAGUUACUCCUGUGGCAGAAUGAGCUUGUCGGAGAAAUGCCGAGCUCGUUCGGGAACCUUACCGAGUUGAAACAGUUGGACCUCUCUCUCAACUCUCUGAGUGGUCAUAUUCCACUGAGCGUUUCCAAUCUAGGGAAGUUGACGACCUUCCUUCUAUCAGGCAAUGCCUUCACCGGUCGUAUUCCUUCCAUAAUUGGAAACUGUACCUUCUUGUCCCAACUGGAGCUGGACAACAAUCAGCUCUCAGGCGAGAUCCCACCAGAGAUUGGCCAGUUGAAGGAACUGACUCAGUUCUUUGCCUGGCAGAACAUGAUCUCCGGCAGAAUUCCUGUGGAACUGACCAGGUGUUCAAAACUGAAGGCGCUUGAUCUGUCUCACAACCACCUCAUCGGCUUCAUACCUCCUGGCCUCUUUCAGCUUAAGAAUCUGACUAAACUGCUGCUUCUAUCCAACAACUUGGCCGGACAGAUCCCACCGGACAUCGGCAACUGCAGUUCACUGGUCAGGCUCCGGCUUGGGAGAAACCAACUUUCUGGCGUGAUCCCAGCCUCCAUUGGGAUGUUGGGUAGCCUGAAUUUCUUGGAGUUGUCGGAGAACUCACUAUCCGGAACGAUACCUCCAGAGAUCGGAACCUGCACGGGGUUGGAAAUGGUAGAUUUCCAUAGCAACAGGAUUGAGGGCAGCGUCCCUCCUCCACUCGGAUCAAUCCUAGGCCUUCAUGUUUUAGACCUUUCUAUGAACAGAAUUUCUGGUACCAUCCCUGAAUCCUUUGGCAGAUUGAAAUACUUGAACAAAUUGACUCUGAAAGGAAAUAUUCUGUCUGGUUUGAUCCCCAAGUCUUUGGGGUUGUGCUCCGGUCUGCAAUUUUUAGAUUUGAGCAGUAAUAGGAUCUCCGGGCCCAUCCCUCAUGAACUGGGUGACCUGCAGAACUUGGCCAUCACACUGAACCUGAGUUCGAAUCACUUCUCUGGUUCAAUUCCAAGUACAUUUUCAGGAUUUUCCAAUCUUGCAAACUUGGAUAUUUCACACAACAAGUUGGAAGGGACGUUGGAAGUGUUAGGUGGCCUUACCAAUUUGGUGUCCCUCAAUGUCUCCUUCAAUAAUUUCUCUGGGUUGCUCCCUGAUACAGAGUUGUUCAGGGAGCUUUCUCAAAGUGAUCUGGAGGGGAAUGCAGGAAUAUGCAUCGGUGGACAGGAUUGCUUUGUUCAAGGUAGUGAAACCAAGGACCUCAAAGGCCACCGUAAGACCUUUAGGUUAGUCAUUGCCUUAUUGUUCUGCGCAACAUUGCUGAUGGUGAUCUCGACUCCGAUGCUGAUAAACCGAGCAAGGGCAAUGGCAGGUUGCGGCGGAUAUGGAGGCUUGGGGGGUGAUUGGAAGGUGACUCUGUUCCAAAGAGUUAACUUGUCCUUGGAUGAAAUUUUAAUGGGAUUGGUGGAGGAAAAUGUGGUUGGAAAGGGAUAUUCUGGUGUGGUUUACAGAGUUGAGACAGGAACUGGCAUGGAAAUCGCGGUGAAGAAGUUGUGGCCUUCGAAGAAUGAGGAAAGUUCUUCAGAGAGGGAUCUUUUCAUUGCUGAGAUCAAAACUCUUGGGCUGAUCAGGCACAGGAACAUAAUCAGACUGCUGGGUUUCUGCACAAAUGCUCACACGAGACUGCUUAUGUACGAUUACAUGCAGAAUGGGAGUCUGAGUGAACUGCUGCAUGAAAAAAAGAUUAUCUUGGAUUGGCAAACCAGGUACAAGAUUAUACUCGGUGUAGCACAGGGGCUGGCCUACCUUCACCAUGACUGUAGUCCUUCAAUUAUUCAUCGGGAUAUUAAGGCAAACAAUAUCUUGCUCAGCUUGGAUUUUGAAGCAUAUGUUGCAGAUUUUGGUCUGGCAAAACAUGUUGAUCCAUCUGAACUCACUAAAUCUUCCAACACUGUGGCUGGCACCUAUGGCUACAUUGCUCCUGAAUAUGGAUGUCGAAUGAAGGUCACUGAGAAGAGUGAUGUCUAUAGCUACGGCGUUCUUCUUCUUGAGGUGCUCACAGGGAUGCAACCCAAUGAUGGAAGAAUACCAGAAGGAAUGCACAUUGUCAACUGGACCUGGCAGAAGCUGCAAACAGAGGAAGCAACUGUCAUGGAUGUUAUUGAUGAUCGUCUUCGAGGUCUCCCCAACUCUCAGAUUGGAGAAAUGUUUCAAGCACUCGGUCUUGCAAUCCUCUGCGUGAACUCACGCCCGGAAGAGCGGCCCACCAUGAAAGAAGUCACCGUGAUGCUCAAGGAAAUUGUGCUUGAAAGUGAGGACUGCUUCACUAAGACUGAGAAGAUCAUUGAAAUCAGGAGCAGAGUCCCACCAUCUUACUUCACCAGCUUUUCAAGAUCAUCUGAAGCUCUGAUCACUCCAUCUCUAUAUUCUACUAGUUCAAGUGAGAUCGGUUUCCACUAGGACCUGUACUGUAGACUAAAUGCUGAACUGUAAACUAGAUGCUAAUAGUGUGGUAGAAUUUGUGUUUGUGAAAUUUACAAAUAAAGUGCCAGGUUUUGAUGUACUUUCAAAGAACCAUCUAAUGCUUGAAAAAUUAUAAACAA